CAAUUCGAAGGAGUUACAGAAAAGGUUAAGGCUUUCUCUGAUGGUAGCUUGAAUAGAGAAGAAACGCACGCGUGAACGAGAAGCGAGAGGCAUGCGCAUCCAUGUGUGCGUCGCAUCGCAUAAAGGGGGAGGAGAGGAGCAGGAGCAGGAGCAGGAGACGAAUGAUGGCGCCAUCACCUCCAGCUCAAUCCCUCCCUUGAAUCCAACUCCACCUCCACAAAAAUCCUAUCCAAUCUCCACCAAACAGCCCACGAGAUUUCAUCAUCUCCUGCUAAGAAUUGCGUCCUUUCUGGCUAAAGACCCCUUAUGCUGAGUUAAAAAUCCCCCCUUUGCUGUCCAUUCCGGCGCUCCAAUUAAAUUUUUGUUGUGUUUUGCAUCGUGGAUUUGGACGACGCGCACCACCACAACCAAUCCCCUCCUCCAAUCCCAUCCUACCCCAGCAAUCCCAUUCUCCGGUCGAAAGCAAGCAUCGAAGAAAUCCUAAAUAGGACGCACCAAGAACUCCAAUAGGAGAGUCCCCAAUUAUUUCUUGGUGCAUUUGGCCCCCUCCACCAUCAGAGAAAUCCCAAGAAACAUCUCACAAUUCGUCCCCCCCAAAGCGGCCCUACGCCGCACCAGAUCACAGCUCACAAUUCCAGUGAGAAUUCGAAAAGUUGGAAGCAAUGACGGAGGUGGUGCUCCUCCGGGGGCCGACCAACCUCGCUUCCCCCGCAAGCCGCGCCUCUGCCUCCUCCUCGCUGCGCUAUUUAGCCAAUGCCGACAGCGACGUGCUCCCAGGAAGCGGUAGUCCGGAGCAGCCUGCAGGAUCUACAGGAAGCCGAGGACUCCAAGAACGCCGGGGGCAACAGGCAGGAGGGUCAGAGGAGGAGGAGGAGGAAGAGGAGCGGUGGCCGUUCUUGGCGCUGCUGUUUGAGCUGCUGCGGAAGUCGCUGCUCGGGUGCAGGACGGAGGGCGGCGGCGGCGGCGGCGGCGGCGGCGGCGAACGCGGCGGCUGUGGGAUGGAGAUUGGGUUGCCCACGGACGUGCAGCACGUGGCGCACGUCACGUUCGAUAGGUUCCAUGGAUUCCUGGGUCUCCCUGUUGAGUUCGAGCCCGAGGUGCCCCGCCGCGCUCCCAGUGCCAGUGCAAGUGUCUUCGGAGUUUCAACAGAAUCAAUGCAGUGUUCCUAUGAUUCGAGAGGAAACAGUGUCCCAACGAUCCUCUUGAUGAUGCAAAGACGCCUUUAUGAACAGGGUGGUCUUCAGGCAGAAGGUAUCUUCCGUAUUAACGCAGAGAAUAGCCAGGAGGAGUUUGUGAGAGACCAGUUAAAUAGUGGAAUUGUUCCGGAUGGCAUUGAUGUCCACUGUUUGGCAGGUCUAAUCAAAGCCUGGUUUAGGGAGAUGCCGAGUGGGGUGCUGGAUUCUAUCUCGCCUGAACAGGUGAUGCAAUGUCAAUCUGAAGAGGACUGUGCUCGGGUUGCAAAAUGCCUUCCAUCAGCUGAAGCAGCUUUGCUUGACUGGGCUGUUAAUCUGAUGGCCGAUGUAGUCCAAGAAGAACAGAUAAACAAAAUGAACACUCGGAAUAUUGCUAUGGUUUUUGCACCAAAUAUGACUCAGAUGGCGGAUCCUUUGACUGCACUGAUGUAUGCAGUGCAAGUGAUGAAUUUUCUCAAAAUGUUAAUACAAAAGACUCUCAAGGAUAGAGAAGAAUCCAAUCUGGAGGAUGUUUCGCUGCCCCAGAAGGAUCCAUCUGAUGAGAAUGGGCAUCAGAAACCCAGCGUGACACUUGAUUCUCUCCUUGAGGAAGGAUCCAGGCGUCCCUCUUUCGUCAAUGAGGAGCCCCUUCUGAACAGUCCUGUACACAGCUCAGAGGACAAGCCUAAUGAAACUAAUGCUGCUGAAGGAGUCACUGCUGCUUUCACUUCCCAGACAAGUGAAGUCCUGGCAAGUAGGGAGGGCUCCACUAGUUGCUCACAACCUGCACUUGCUACUCCGGCUGCUAGUGCUGAUGCUUCUGGCACAACAGCUACAAAUUCUCUUCAAGGCAAGGGGAGCCGAAGUCUGAAUCGUAGGAGGACCAGAAAAGUUAAGGGUCAGUCUGGAACACGUGCCACACCUGCAGCUGAGAAAUCAAGAGGUGUGAGCAUUGUGAGCCGGAUAAACUCCAAGGUUGAACGGAUUGAAGCAUGGAGAUGACAUCAAAUGACAUUGCUGCUAUUGCUGUGUACUAGAUGACUGACCAAAAUGCUUCCUGAACAUAGGACCCUGGACUGCUUUGCUUGCACAUUUUGUAUUAUCUAUUUACCAUUUCUUGGUGUAUCAUGGUCUGGUAUUUUCAGAUUCAAUCCUCUUGCCUCCACUAACUUUUGUAUCUUUCUUAUGAUUACUUGCUUGAGUGAAUGAAAGAUGCUGAUGCUUUCGUUUGUACAUAAUCUCUUCGAUGCCUAAAUUAUGAAGUGCCUGAAAGUUCAUGUA